GGAGCCCGGUCCGCGAGCGGCGGCGGCGGCGGCCGGAGGGACGAUGAGCGGCGCAGCGCGGGCGGGCCCGGCCCGGCUCGCGGCGCUGGCACUGCUGACCUGCAGCCUGUGGCCGACGCGGGCGGACAACGCGAGCCAGGAGUACUACACGGCGCUCAUCAACGUGACGGUGCAGGAGCCCGGCCGCGGCACCCCGCUCACGUUCCGCAUCGACCGCGGGCGCUACGGGCUGGACUCACCCAAGGCCGAGGUCCGCGGCCAGGUGCUGGCACCGCUGCCCAUCCACGGAGUUGCUGAUCAUCUGGGCUGUGAUCCUCAAACACGGUUCUUUGUCCCUCCUAAUAUCAAACAGUGGAUUGCCUUGCUGCAAAGAGGAAAUUGCACCUUUAAAGAGAAAAUAUCACGGGCUGCUUUCCACAAUGCGGUUGCUGUAGUCAUCUACAAUAAUAAAUCUAAAGAGGAGCCAGUCACCAUGACUCAUCCAGGCACGGGAGAUAUUAUUGCUGUCAUGAUAACAGAAUUGAGGGGUAAGGAUAUUUUGAGUUAUCUGGAGAAAAACAUCUCUGUACAAAUGACAAUAGCUGUUGGAACUCGAAUGCCGCCAAAGAACUUCAGCCGUGGCUCUCUAGUCUUCGUGUCAAUAUCCUUUAUUGUUUUGAUGAUUAUUUCUUCAGCGUGGCUCAUAUUCUACUUCAUUCAGAAGAUCAGGUACACAAAUGCUCGCGACAGGAACCAGCGUCGUCUUGGAGAUGCAGCCAAGAAAGCCAUCAGUAAAUUGACAACUAGAACAGUGAAAAAGGGUGAUAAGGAAACAGACCCAGACUUUGAUCACUGUGCAGUCUGCAUAGAGAGCUAUAAGCAGAAUGAUGUUGUUCGGAUUCUCCCUUGCAAGCAUGUUUUCCACAAAUCAUGUGUGGAUCCCUGGCUUAGUGAACACUGUACCUGUCCUAUGUGCAAACUUAAUAUUUUGAAAGCCCUAGGAAUUGUGCCAAAUCUACCAUGUACUGAUAAUGUAGCAUUUGAUAUGGAAAGGCUCACCAGAACCCAAGCAGUUAACCGAAGAUCAGCCCUCGGUGACCUUGGCAGUGACAGUUCCCUUGGCCUUGAGCCACUGCGAACUUCAGGCAUAUCACCUCUUCCUCAAGAUGGGGAGCUCACUCCUCGAACGGGUGAAAUCAACAUUGCAGUUACAAGUGGGCACCUCUUUCACCGGAACUCCCUGUCGCCUCGUAGCCUGGUAUACGAAAGUGAAUUCUCCACAAUCGAACCAUCCUUGGACAUGUAUGAUGAGAACAAAACCUGAAUUUUUUAAAAAAUGGGCUGUUGGGGGUCUCUCCUUUUGAGAUUUGAUUUAUGGUCACCUUUCUUAUUUUGUAUUUUUCUGUCAUCGUCCGUUUUGGAAGAAUGGCAGUACCUCUGAGUGCAAGUUGGGGUUCAGAGUUAAAUUGCAGAGCUCCCCCAAGGUGAGGUUUGAGGACAGCAUUAUUGCCCAGGUGAGCCUCGUGGUACUGAAGACCCACCCAGAGCUGACCACUAAGCAAGGGCACCCCAUGAGCCUUGCCGUUUCCAGAGAAGAGAUGGGGCUAGGAGCUAAUGAUGCGGUUGUUGCAAAUGUGUCCAUGUCCCCAAGUAGUCGCACGCUGUUCUGUGUCAGGGUGACACUGGGUUUUUGUACAAUACAUUUUGUGGUCCACACAUACACACGGAAGCCUGCAGAUAAAAUGUCCCACCAAUGCAGAAUGUGA